UAUAAGGCCAGUGUGAAAAUCGUCCGCGGAGGUUACAGUCGUGUUUGUGCGUAAUUUUCCCAAAAAGGAAGAAGUUUUAAUGUGACUGUGUAGUGAACAAAAAUGUCAGCAUUAUUAAAAAAUGUAACGAACUGUAUUUGGCAUGCGUUCGAGUCUUUACAAAAUAAUGAAGUGGUUCAUAAAUCUAAAUUAAAGGUGCUAACAGCAAAUCUCGGUACACUUCUAGACCUAUAUGGUGUGGAGAAGGGCCUGGACCACUUCCGGUCGACCCAGGAGCUGACCUUCGACGAGUUCCGGUACUAUUUGCAGCAUGAGGUCUUCAGUUCUCUACCGAAGACGUUAACACUUCCAAUUUCGAGAGAAUUCGAAAAGAAAAUCAGUGAGGUAUGUUGGUUCGUCUGUCGAAAAAACCUGCUCACUCGAGAAAAGCCAAUCUUCGCCGAUAAUUCAGUCUUCAAGCUCUUCCGUAUCUUCUGUCUUCUUGCUGACCUGGUACAAGACGCUGAUGACUCUAAUCGCUAUAUUGUAGUCCUUCAACCCUCUGAAGCAGGAUUAGUAGCUGAGCAGCUAGUACACUGCCUAGGGCUCCGCUGGGAUGCAGCCGACUGGGAAGCUUUGGGAUCCUCUAUCGGCCAUUUCAAAUGGGCAGCCUUCCUCGCCGUGCUGGAGGCAAAGUACUGUUGCGACCAGCAGUUACACUCUAAGGCCCUUGUUGAAGCUGUGGAUGAGAUUUACGAUGUUUUUAUUGAGGAUAUUAUCAAAAAGGGCUACCUCUUCAAAAGAGGUUAUCUACUACCGACAAUGCGAGAAUAUUGGUGUGUUCUCCAACCCUGUGCCUUGACAUACUACAAAAGUUCGUCGCAGAAAGAGCAAUGCGGAAGAAUCGCCAUAGACGAAUAUUGCUCUGUGGAAGCGGCAGUAGGCGAUGGUAAAAUACAGAAGUUUCAGUUGAUUACACCCGAAAGGACUUUUGAGUUUGGGACACAGGAUCAUAAGAGUCGUCUCCAAUGGGUAUCAGCCCUGCGUCAGGCGGCAGCAGUCUCAGGAGGGGCGGAAGGCUUCCAAAGGCGGGCGAGGGCAGGGCGGAGAGGGGCAGGGGCGCGGAGGGAGCAGGAAGUGAGGGAGACAAGAGCUCGUCUUCAGCACGAAGUACGAGCGAGGCUGGCAGCAGAGGCACAGGCACAGGAAUUAGUAGAAUUAGCACAAAAGGACAACAAGAAAUUAGAAGAAUUAAAGCACGCUCAAGUAGAGCUGGAGAAACUCCUUCAAGAAGAGACGCAGGCGAAAAGAGAUGAAGAAAUCGUUAGGGCUUUGCAAGCGAGGGUCCUAGCUGAAGAAUGGGAGAGAAGAGAAGAACUGGAAAGGCUUCAAGAAGAGCAAAAUAGAAUGUUAGAGGAGGAGAGACUUAAAAGGAAACAGUUUGAAAUGUUACAGGCAGAAAAGGAAGCUCAGUACAGAGAGGCCGAGCGUCGUCUUAAAGAGUUAGAAGACGAGAAGCAGAAGUUGGACGAAGAGUUGCGCGCAGCUCAGGAGAAGAUACAGAAGACUGAACUCAACGCUAAUGCGAUUCACGUGCAACUCAGGGAUUUGAACCCAGUUCUACGGAACGGUGAGCGAGCCAGACGGGCCAUCUCCUUCGUUCCCACCACCAAAAGCUCUUCAGACACUCUGAUCGAUGUCAGGGCUAUUAGGCAUUUAAAAGUCCUCGAUAAUAAUGAUAAUAUGUAAUCAACGAUUUGAAUAUAUAUACUAAUCUUUUCCUCUCUUAUAUGAGAUAGAAUCUGUAGAUUUCAUGUGUAAGGGAAAACUAAGAAAAUAUACACAAUUCUGAAGUGAGUACUAAAAAAAAUUAAAACGGUU